GUGUAGCCCUGCCUUCUGACAGCACAUCCACACUCCUGCCGGAUUACCUAGUCACUAGUCAGUCGAGCCUUUCGUUCUGUCUGAAUGAGGAAAAACACCGCGCUGUCUCUGCGCUGUCACAUGGGGCCGAGGAGGAGAACCAGAACCACCGCUUCCUGAAACGAUCAAUGGCUUCUCCGCAUUCUCUCCUCUCGCUGACAUCACGGCGCCUUUAAUUUAUUUAUUUCCUCCUUGUUUUUCUCCACCGCGGCGCGCAUGAUGAUCAGCAAAGUUAAGAACGCCAUGUCCACGCUGGUGGGAGGGAUGAUGCCCCACGGUCACCACCACCAUCACAGCCAGCACGCAGGUGGAGGUCAGCCCGGAGGACCGGACGGCCUGCCGCCGCGCUUCCCCUACGGCCGCCCGGAUUUCUUGGACCUCACCCCGGAGCUCCUGCAGUACUCCACCGAGCACGCAUCGCGGCCGGUUCUGGCGUUAAAGAGGGACACCAAGCUUCCGUGGCAGACUGGAUAUGCUGAGGUGAUCAAUGCGGGGAAGAGCAUGUUGAACGAGGACCAGGCCUCGUGCGAGAAGCUGUUUGUGAAGAAGCCCAGCGGGAAGCAUCGCAACUCUUCUCUACUGGAGGACAAUGGGGACGGCACAGGAAUCCCUCUUCACUUCUGGGGGGUCUUCGAUGGACACGCAGGUUCGGGUGCAGCGAUUAUGGCCUCAAAGCUCCUCCAUCGCCUCAUCCGAGACCGCUUGGGUGAAAUCUGCCACCUGCUGGAGAGCCCCAGCACAGCUCCUCCCAUCUGCCUGGCUAAGAACGGCAGUCCUUACCAGGCGGAUUCAAAAAAGGGAGCUACGCAGGAUCCAGAGGAUCCUGACGCAAUAAGCGACUCCACGAUCCGCUUCCACAUGGAGAAGGUGGUCUGUCUGGAGAGUCUGGUGAUGGGAGUGAUCGAGACGGCCUUCAAACAGAUGGACGACCUGAUAGAGAAGGAAAAAACAUCUUAUGCCAUCUCUGGUGGGUGUUGUGCCUUAGCAGCCAUGGAACUAAUGGGCAAACUCUACGUAGCCAACGCUGGAGACAGCAGGGCAAUAAUAAUCAGGAACAAUGAAGUUAUUCCCAUGACUAAUGAAUUUACACCCGAGUCGGAGCGACAGCGGCUGCAGUAUCUGGGUUUUCUGAGGCCGGAGCUCCUGGGUAAUGAGUUCACUCACAUUGAGUUUCCACGAAGGAUUCAGCACAGUGAGCUGGGGAAGAAGAUGCUCUACAGAGACCACACCAUGACUGGAUGGGCUUAUAAAACAAUUGUUGAAGACGACCUCAAGUUCCCGCUCAUAUAUGGAGAGGGCAAAAAGGCCCGUGUCAUGGCAACCAUUGGAGUGACCAGAGGACUUGGAGACCAUGACCUGAAGGUCUACAACUCCAACAUUUAUAUUAAACCUUUUCUGUCAUGUGUCCCUGAGGUGCAGGUUUACAACCUUGAGGACAACAAGCACGGCCCAGACGACGUCCUGGUUAUGGGCACAGAUGGGUUGUGGGACGUGACGACAGACAGAGAAGUGGCAGAUGCUGUGUCAUCCUACUUAUCCUGCUGCGAUCCAGCCAACCCGAUGAGGUACACUAUGGCCGCCCAGGACCUGCUCAUGAGGUCGAGAGGUGUUCUGAAGGAGCGCGGUUGGAGGCUGCCCAACGAGAAACUGGGCUCCGGAGAUGACAUCACUGUGUUUGUCGUCCCACUGGCAGGAUACGAGUCAGCAACAUGACCACAUGACCACCGUAAUGGGAACCACUCACUAAGGCUCCUGGAACCUACAGGGGAGACUUGACCCUGAGCCGCACCUUCAUCAUCCAUUUAGCUGGAUCCUCGAUUGUCCCCUCUCUAUUGGUCCGAACCAGGUCCAAAUCCUUUUCUUCCGUGUCAGUUGCCGGUUUAAUCCUGUCAUUACAGUUUUGCUUUUGUCUUGUCAAGGCUGGCAGCUGAUCAAACUGUAAAAAACUGGACUUUAGACAAAGUGUCAAGCAUUCACUUGAGAUAAUAAAAACAUGUUUUUACAAAUGGGCAGCUUUCUAUCAGGCUUCAGAUGAACAUUGAAAUUUUCCAAGCUGUUAAUGGUGAGCUGCUGUAGGAUUGAAAAUAAUGCCCGUCAUUACUUUUUCAUUAAAAUAUAUUACUUCACCAAAAAAAAAAAUUGCCUAAGAAGAUACUUUUUAUAUUAAAGUAUAACAAUAUAAGUAGGCAUUUUUCAUAAAUUAAUUGAAUUUUAUCUUACAAUUAAUAAUGUAGUUUAAGUUGUUUAUUAUUUAAUUUAACCAAUGUUAGACUCUAAAUUAUUCAAAUAAUUUAGUAAAAAGGGGGGAAAAUGAGGCUGUAUUUGCUCAAUAUUUAUGAGAAUUUUGAUCUUGUAAAUGCAUAAUAUUUUCACAGGAAAAAUAUAAAACGAAUAAAUGCAGCAUCAGUUGUAUUAUUAAUUGGGAGUACUCCAGCAAGAAUAUGUUAUGAGGUUUAGAACAAUCUCAUGCUCUCACGUUUUAUUUCUGAAGUGAAUGCUACAACCUGAUCUCCUUUCGCCGAAGGAUCUUGUCAUAAAUGUAAAUGGGACAGCAGUGAAGAAUGUGAGGAAACCAAAGAGGCAGAAGGAUGGAUCAUACAAACGUCACACUGUACAUUAAAGCAGCAUGAAUUGAAGUUACAAAAGAGGAAUGGACCUUAUUUUCAGCACAAGCGUCUGGUCUGUAAUUCAUGAUUGAAUGACGACACCUGAGGAACUUGAAGAUCAUUGCACAUGCGUGUUUACAUCUGCUACGAUCAUGGCAUCUUUUUUUCUCUAACCCCUACGGAGGGAAAACUUGGUAUAGUAAGAUGUGAUCAGCUUCACACAUAUGCCUUAUUCAUUUUAGUUUUUUUUUUUUUUCAAUAUAUAUCUAUAUAUAUAUAUAUACAUAUGAUGAUUAUCGUUCCAUCACUACAAAAGGGACUCAACAAAAAGUUUGCCAGGUGUGCUUCAUAAAAUAUCAUGGUCCUUAAACAUAGCAUAUACCUCCUUUUGUAUCAUUCUGUUUCACAACAAUGUCAUUUUGGUUAUAUUUUUGAGAGUUUUAUUUCAAACAAAGUAUUAUAUUUUUUUGUUUAAAUCCAUAGUUGAAUGGCAGAUUGACAGAACGAGAAAUAAAUUUGUAAUUCCCCAUCA